UUUGCCCUGCAUUCCACAUUCUAGUAUAAUGAACAUUGCUAAACUGAAAUAUAAUCACUAUUUCUCUCUCUUAGAGCAAGAACAUAGGGGACUCGCUCUUCCUCAGGCUUUUUGGCAGUUUGGCUUGAUCAUUUGAUCACAAUACUGAAAGUGAGCAAUCAACCAAUAUAUCAUUCUUUCCCACUCUAGAAAAUAUCCACUAAGCGAGGAAUGAUGAGGUUUGUGUAGCGUAGAUCUGAAGAGUAGGAACCGUGUGGUUGAUGGCAAUGGCGUACAUAGACAAAUUGCCGCCAAUGGAUCUGAUGCGUUCGGAGAAGAUGACGUCCGUCCAGCUCAUAAUCCCGGUCGAGUCCGUUCACCGUGCGGUUACUUACCUAGGCCAACUCGGCCUUCUCCAAUUCCGUGACUUAAAUGCAGACAAGAGCCCCUUCCAACGAACAUUUGUUAAUCAGGUGAAAAGAUGUGCAGAGAUGUCACGGAAACUGCGAUUUUUCAAAGAACAGAUACACAAAGCCGGUGUACUAUCUUCUUCUCCUGCUUCAACACCUGAUACUGAGUUAGAAGGAUUGGAGAUACAAAUUGCAGAGCAUGAACAUGAGCUAAUUGAAAUGAAUGCUAACAGUGAGAAAUUGCAGAAAUCAUAUAAUGAGCUAUUGGAAUUUAAGAUAGUACUGCAAAAGGCUGGUGAGUUUCUUCUUUCAAGUCAAAUACCCACCCAGGAAACAGAGCUAGACGAAAAUGUGCACUCUCAUGAUGAAUACGCUGAUAUAGCAUCAUUACUUGAGCAGGAAAUGCAGCCUGAACUGCCAACUCAUGUAAGAUUUAUUAGUGGCAUAAUCUGCAAGUCCAAAGUUCUUACAUUUGAAAGGAUGUUAUUUCGUGCUACGAGGGGCAACAUGCUUUUCAACCAGACACCAGCUGAGUAUGAAAUCACGGAUCCUGCUUCAAAUGAAAUGAUUGAGAAGAUUGUAUUUGUAGUUUUCUUCUCAGGUGAGCAAGCAAGAACCAAAAUACUAAAAAUUUGUGAUGCAUUUGGAGCAAGCUGUUAUCCUGUUCCAGAAGAUAGCACCAAGCGAAGGCAAAUAACUCGCGAAGUCCUGUCUCGUUUAUCUGACUUAGAAACCACUUUGGCUGCUGGAUUACACCAUCGAAACAAAGCAUUGAGCUUUAUUCGGUCUCAUCUUACAAGAUGGAUUAACAUGGUUAGAGUGGAAAAGGCAGUAUAUGACACGCUAAAUAUGCUGAACUUUGAUGUUACGAAAAAGUGUCUUGUUGGUGAGGGCUGGUGCCCUGUAUUUGCGAAGACUCAGAUUCAAGAGGCUUUACAACGUGCUACAUUUGAUAGCAAUUCACAAGUGGGAAUAAUAUUUCAUGAUAUGGAUUCCAUUGAUUCACCUCCAACAUUCUUCAGAACUAACUGUUUUACGACUGCAUUCCAAGAAAUUGUUGAUGCAUAUGGGGUUGCAAAAUAUGAGGAGGCAAAUCCUGCGGUGUAUACAGUCAUCACAUUCCCUUUCUUGUUUGCUGUGAUGUUUGGGGACUGGGGUCAUGGAAUUUGUUUGCUAUUGGGAGCAUUGUAUCUUCUAGCUCGAGAGAAAAAGCUUGGCUCUCAGAAACUUGGGAGCUUUAUGGAAAUGCUAUUUGGUGGCCGCUAUGUUCUUCUCUUAAUGUCCAUAUUUUCAAUUUACUGUGGGUUGAUAUACAAUGAGUUUUUCUCUGUGCCCUUUCACAUAUUUGGUAAUUCUGCAUAUAGAUGCCGUGAUACUACUUGCAGAGAUGCUCACACAGUUGGUUUAAUCAAAUACAAAGACCCAUAUCCGUUUGGUGUAGAUCCAAGUUGGAGAGGUAGCCGUUCAGAGCUUCCUUUCUUAAACUCCCUGAAGAUGAAGAUGUCAAUUUUGUUGGGUGUGGUGCAAAUGAAUCUUGGAAUCAUGCUAAGUUACUUCAAUGCACGUUUCUUCAGCAGUUCGAUUGAUGUUAAGUAUCAGUUUGUGCCCCAGAUUAUUUUCCUCAACAGCCUUUUUGGAUAUCUUUCACUUCUCAUUAUUGUCAAAUGGUGCACUGGUUCUCAAGCUGAUCUUUACCAUGUCAUGAUUUACAUGUUCUUAAGUCCUUUUGAGGAUCUUGGCGAAAAUAAAUUAUUUUGGGGACAGAGUGUGCUUCAGGUCAUACUAUUGAUUGUAGCCCUUAUUGCCGUUCCUUGGAUGCUAUUCCCUAAGCCUUUUAUUUUGAAGAGACUCCACACUGAGAGAUUUCAAGGUCAAACAUAUGGGAUUCUCAGAACAUCUGAGAUGGAUCUCGAGGAGGAACCAGGUUCAGCGAGGCCACACCACGAGGACUUCAAUUUUAGUGAAGUCUUCGUGCACCAAAUGAUACACUCUAUUGAGUUUGUCCUUGGUGCUGUGUCUAAUACAGCAUCAUAUCUUAGACUAUGGGCUUUGAGUUUGGCCCACUCAGAACUUUCGACAGUCUUUUACGAGAGAAUCCUCCUCCUUGCCUGGGGGUAUGACAACAUCUUCAUACGACUGGUGGGGUUGGCAGUUUUUGUCUUUGCAACAGCAUCCAUACUGCUCAUGAUGGAGACACUGAGUGCUUUUCUUCACGCAUUGCGUCUUCACUGGGUUGAGUUUCAGAACAAGUUUUAUCAUGGUGAUGGCUAUAAGUUCAGGCCGUUCUCCUUGGCGUCAUUAGCAGAUGACGAUGAUUAAUCUCUAGUAGCACACACGUCUUCUUACUUUUUUCCUGGGAAUUCGCAGUGAAGAUUCCAAUGGGCGAAGACAUGGUAUCUGAAGAUACCAAUUCUUACGGCCAUCUGCAGUGAAACUAUGGUGAAGACAUUCUUCAUGCCCUGCUGUGGCCGGCUGCAUUGUCUAUCCCUAUAGCCCCAUAGAGAUUAGAAUCUGGAGAUAGUUCUAUAGUCGUGACUAUAUCUUUCCGUGGCUCACACUUCAGCUUAUAUAGCUAUUUAUAAACUAAAUUUUUGCACACCAUUUCAUAGUUUGUAAAAAGGGAAUUCAUUAUACCAUAUAACUUCACGGAUUUUGUUCUUUAGAAAAAAAUGAAGGUAUGAUUACUUGAAGGCGUACAUAGACUGAUAGACUAAUGAAGCGUGAAGGAACUUCUGGUAUUUAGUAUUUUUGUUAGCAUUUGUG